AAGAGAAUAUUAUGAAGAGAACUAAAAAAAAAGGUUGAAGGGUGACGCAAGCGUGCGUUUGACUCUGUCUUUAAAACCACCUCCACUCACUUCCUUCCCCACCUUUCACUUACCAAUACCAUCUCUUCAUCAUCAUCCCUCUUUUAACUUUUAUUUUUCCCGCAUUAUUUUUACGAAAUCAAUGGGAACCGAGACGUACAUUACGGUUCCUAGCUUCUUCAAGUGUCCAAUAUCUCUCGACGUGAUGAGAUCUCCCGUUAGUCUCUGCACCGGCGUUACUUACGACCGUGCAAGUAUCCAGCGGUGGCUCGACGGUGGCAACAACACUUGUCCCGCCACUAUGCAGGUUCUCCGAACUAAGGAGUUUAUUCCCAAUCUCACUCUUCAACGACUAAUCAAAGCCUGGUCCGAUUCCCUCGGCCGUUACGCCGCCGCUUCUCCGCCUCCGGAUCCGACGACGGACGAAGUGAAUGAGUCGUUGCGGAGACUGAGCCUCGAGAAGGACGACGAGAUUCGUCUGGAGAUUUUGGUUAGAUUCGUGAAGGAUUGGGACGCGAACAGAGCGAGAAAGGAUCUCGUACCAAUGCUCGUCGAUAUCAUCGCCGGAGGGACACGCACGACGACGAAGAUCAAGCUAGUUCUUCUCGCGAUUAAGAUUUUGGAUAGUGUAAUCAAGGGAGGUAGUGAGGAAGAUCGGAAACGGUUAUCGAAUCUAAUGUUAACAAACGGUGACGGCGAUUGCUUAAAGGAGAUUCUCCUCGCGAUCCAGCGCGGGAAUCUUGAAUCGAAAAUCGAAUCCGUUAGGGUUUUGGAGGUUAUCUCUUCAAUAGACACGCAAACGAAGCUAUUAAUCGCAGAGCGCGACGAGAUUCUCACGGAGGUGAUGGAAUCAAUCAGCACGGAGUCAGAUCCUUCCUUGAUCGAAGCGAGUUUAUCAUUCCUAAUCACGAUCGCGAAAUCGAAACGAGUGAGGUCGAAACUAAUCACCGCGAAAACUAUCACGAAGAUCAAAGACAUUCUCCUAACGGAGGAGAUAACCAGCGUCGCGGUGACGGAGAAAUCGCUGAAACUGUUGGAGACUCUGUCGUCGAGGCGAGAAGGUAGAUCGGAGAUUUGCGGCAGAGACGGAGGCAGGUGCGUCGAAGGAGUUGUGAGGAAGCUGUUGAAAGUUUCGACGACGGCGACGGAGCAUGCCGUUACGAUUUUGUGGUGUUUGUGCUAUGUGUUCGGGGAAGAUAAGAGGGUGGAGGAGACGGUGGAGAGAAGUAACGGCGUGACGAAGCUUCUGGUUGUGAUACAGAGUAACUGCUCGCCGAUGGUGAGGCAGAUGGCGAAAGAUGUGAUUAAGGUUUUGAAGGUUAAACCAUCUGCUUCCGAUUUGGUUGCUUACGAGACCACGAACACUCAUAUUAUGCCAUUUUGAUUUUUACUGUUAUAAAAGAUAUAUAAAUGUUAUCAACUGUUUUGAACGUAGAUAAUGUAAAUCAUACGACAAAUUUUGUUAGUGCAAUCAAUUUCACAAAUAUUCAAUUUUGGUUUCGCCUGAUUUAAUUAAGAACGAUACGAUGAUUUUUCUAUAUUUCAAUAA